AUGUCACAUCCACUCGUGGCAGCAGUGUGGGAACAGCUACGGCGUCGUGACAUAACCAAUAUCGUCAGGGAAAUCAUCGGUGACCAUGCCACGGAUGUCGCGAUCUUUCAAGCGGAAGAUGCUUCCGAUGUCGCCAAAGUCGAGCAUCUCAUGCACGCCGUGUUCUGGAUGAAAGCCAUUUUUGACCUGCAGAGAACCUAUCUGCAGGGGCUAACGAAUUUUGACGAUGGCCACCCCUCCUCCACUUCAUAUCUACUCCCCUCCGAAGUCAUCUUCUCGACCCUUAUGUACCUAGUGCAGGUGAAGCCGAAGUUGUUCCCGUGCACCAAACCAAUCGCCUCGGAGCUGGUCAAAUAUAGACACUUUCUCGCCCUCACGUUACUCGCCGGUGCGCGACUGCUGCUGUUGCGAGGCCAAAGCAUUCGCCAUGAGAUGAAAUUCAAUCUUGAACGUGCGAUCAGGCAAGCAUGGCAAGACCCGGAGCUGCCCGGUGCAGACAGGUUUAUGGUCAGCAAUUUGCUGCCAAAAGUCAUCGAUAGUAUAGAAUCCUCCGAUUCGUCAUCUAAAAGUCAUCUGUUUUUCUCUGCGUCGCAGGGAAGUAAUUCUAAAUUCACGGCCAUGGAACCUAACUCCUUACUGGGAAACACCGAGACUCUAACAGACCUUUUAUCGGGUCUGUUGAAGAAAAACACCGAUCAGACAACGCCCUUCUUAUCUUUGUUUGACAUGCUAUGGGCUGCCGAGGCGACCAUGGUACAGUCCCAUAUCGAUCGCCGCCGUAUAUCCCAAGAGCAAGGGGAUAGCCUUGCUGCAGCACUGGACGGGGAUGAUACCUUUGAACACACGCGAGAGAACAAAAUGAAGCUGGCAAAGACAGUCUUGGCGGCUUUCAACGAUGAAUUCACGGCCCCUCCGCUUCAAAUCCUUGCGACGGUUGUGCUAAGCCAGAAUUCCGAAGCUCAUCCACCCCUCCAAACGCGAAGAAUCCGGGAUACUUGGGGUCAGCUAUCUCGUAUCAGGGAAGUCUGCGAAGCAUCCCUGAGUCAUCUGGUGAGAUGGCUUAUCAACCGAAGAGUCCAACUGUGGGGUUGCAACGGAGAGCUAGAGGCCACCUCGCACCACUAUCAACAGAAUCUCACCGAGUGGUUGCAGCUUUCACCGCUCCAAGAAGCGAAUCAAUCAAACCGUCAAGAUGAAGUAUUUUACGUGGUGGAUUGCCCUGCCGUCCAUUCAGUUCCCAAAUCAUUAUUGGAGGAGCGAAUGGAUAAAAACGCUUGCGAGCAAUUACGAGCGAACUCCCAGAUCCUAACUUUAAAUAUUUACUGCCCUUUGUGUCCAACAAACACGAAAAUACAGCAUGCACGCAUGGUGGAAUCCGCCAGGCUUUCCCAACCACGCAUCGGCUUCGAAUCGGGCAGUACCAGAAGCUACUCCUUUCCCGAUUCUAUGUCUCGAGACACGACCUCCUCGAGCUCCCUUAGUCAUUCCACCAGCCAUUCAUCCGUCCGUAUAGACUCAGGCGACGGAGCAUGGAGUCCGAUCUCGCCUGCAACUUUCAAGCCAGUAUACAGUGCGAUGAAUAACAAGCAUUCUCCUACUACACCCUCCGACCCACAUGCCUCAUUUUUGGCGCGUGGCAAAACCGAUCAUCUAUAUGAAAAGUCUACCACAAAGUCAUUCCCGCGAGAACUGAAAAAUGUCUCUCUACCCUUCUCUACUGGUUCUUCCAUAUUUCGUCGGGUGUCAGUGAAGAAGAACCAUUUACCUCGUGAGCCCAGAUUCUGCUUCUCUGCGUCAGGCCGAAGCCUUCUUCUUUGGGGUGUUGGAAGUAAUUGGGUGACCAGGUUUGAGACACCUACUGCAGGAGCACAGAAGCCAAGAAGUUAUCGAUACGAUGUUUCCGGUGUGCAGUACGUUGCCGCCGGAGACCAGCGCUGCGCCGUGAUAGCCGCUGUUGGAGAGCAUUACGAGCUUCUGGUAUUCAAGGGUGUUGGCCUCAGUGCCGAAGCUCAUUUGCCGAUCGAGAUUCACGACCCAUCCUUACCUCCUAUCCAUAUGGUUAUGUCUCGCGAUGACCGAUACAUUGCGUUUACCCUCAAAAGCGAGGUUCGCGUUUACGAAAUCAUUGCGGGCGGUAUUGUACGAGUCUCAUUCGGUGAUACGGGAGACCCCAGCGCAUCUCUAUAUGAUAUGACUUCGGCUCCAACGCGCAUCGCUUCACCCCUAGGAAAUGACGGUACUCCAGGAGGGCAAGAAGCGAUUAUUGAAAGAAAGCUUCAAUUCUCGGUUGACGGGAAAUACUUCGUCAUUGCGACACACCUUACUGACUGCAAUGCCUAUGUUGAUGUGUGGGACCUGUCCCUGAAACGGUGGGAUACUGUUCCUGGUAAAUCGCAGUCGUUUAGGCUUUCUCACCGAACGACUAACAACAAGGACCUCACCUGCGUGUUCUACGAUAAUGUUCACCAUGCAGUUCUCCUACCUGCGUAUUUCGAGAAGGAGUUUCCCAAAUCAUCCUCAGUCGCCGAUAAAGACAUGCUGAAAGACCCAAAUAGCACCCGCAUAACGCACGCAGCCCAGUCCGGCUCCGGGUCGCGGUUUGCCAUUGCGAACGGCAUGAACCAGAUUUACUUGUUCGAUUCCAAUGCUAGUGGGCCUACGCGUGUGGCUCGGGUCAAGAAAGCCUCGCAUAAGAUCAGUUCGUCGGUUUUCCGACCCGGCUACUUGAGCUUGGCCUUCCCACAGGAUGACGAAAUUCUUCUUUUCUGGAUGGAUAAUGGGAAAUUGAUGCUCCGGGCGGUGCGAUUGCACGAGGGGACCCAGACAUCUAAAGAUUAUGACUUGCGCUCUGAUUUUGACCGGCUAAUCCUUGAGCGGCCCACGGCUGAUUCUGAGAUUCGCGAUGCCCGUCGGCCCUCUCAGGCCGAGAAUCAGACCAUUCUCAAAUCUGAGAUCCCUUUGAAAGAGCGCUUCUUCCGUUACUUUCAACAUGAGAUCACUGCAUUGCAAGAACAGAUGGACCGUCUCGCGGAUACCUCUCUUGUGGGAGGAGAGCGGACGGAUGCGACCGACCACUGCCUAGCUGGCAUUGCCCGAUUGUCCAACGAAGUCAAGGAUGCAGCGAGCUAUAUUCCCACAUAUGACCAGCGGAUAUAUGCGGAAGCGAUCAAGGCCCUCCAAGACAAGCUGGGUGAAACUCGGGCGACGGUCGAGCCACGCCCUAAGUUCAGCUUCAAGACCAAGAAGAAUGCUUCGGCGAUUUCCUUGUCGGAUGCGGCCAACAUCGUUUACCACCGUCGGAGUAUGCCUGGAUACCUUUCCCCGGGGACAUCCUCAGUGGAUUCAUCCGCCGCGCAGACCCCCAACUAUCCCUCCACGCCGUUGAAUGAGCCCGAUCGCAUCCUGCAGCCGAGAGCAGAGAUCGCCCCGACCUCUUUCCCAGCUAUCCCCACGAUUGAUGUGGACGACAUUGAAGAAAAGCCGAAAAACGAGAAGGGCAGGACCUUCGCGGCCACUGCUGUGUCAUCUGUAUCCGUGCACAACCAUGUUGGGCUCCAUAUCAUGCUUCCGUCCUCCGGUUCAACCGCUACGGUGCCUGCCUCCAUCACAUCCUUGCGCCAUUGCGUCGUGGACAUGUCCAUCCCAACUGCCAACGGAAAGCCCUAUGCCAGUCUGACGAUCAAGGGUGUCAAGGAGAGCUUGCUGGUUUGCGGGCAGAUUAAUGGUCCAGCCCACAUCACCGAUGUGGAGAACAGUACUAUCGUAGUCACCUGCCGCCAAUUCCGCAUGCACAACUGUGCCAAUGUGGAUGUCUACCUAAGCGCAUCCAGCAAUCCGAUUAUCGAGGAUUGCACCAAUAUUAGAUUUGCCCAGAUACCAAGAGUAUAUGCGUUGGAUCACGACCACCCGGACAGUGAAGACCACUGGAGCCAGGUUGAAGAUUUCAAAUGGAUCAAGACAGAACCCAGUCCUAACUGGAGUUUGAUUCCUCGCGAGAGCGCAGUCCCAGAGGAAGUAUGGGCUGAAAUCGUUCCUGGUGGCCCAGGAUGGUCCCUCGACGACAUUUUACGCGCAAUUAACAUUGCCAACUAG